AUGAGGGCGCUGCUCCUGCUCUGCUGCUUCCUGGCCUCGCUCCUGCUCUCAGGACAAUCAGAACUGCAAGUCCCUGCUUCGGGUGGCACAGAAGAUGUUGGCAAUUUGUUGGAGAAUCAUUUCUCUGCUGGAGACGCAAGUCUAGAGGAAAAAGAAAGGGCGCUUAAUGCAGAUGCGGCCCCUGGAGACAAGAAUCUGCUCCUUCACUACCCAGACCACAGGGAGGCUGAGAGCUCGGAGCAGACCGCCACCGGGGCCCCUCCUGCUGACACUGGCCCAGGCCCCGAGCCAGAAGCCAGCCUCUCCAAUGCCUCAGCCUCAGAGUCAGCUCCACCUGGGGAUGCUACAGGGACUGGGGAGGAAGAGAAGGGGCCACCAGUGGCAGGCACCCUCCUUCCAGGAGGGGAUAAGGGUCCCGUGGAAGAGGAGAGACCAGAGCUCAGUUUGGGAGAGGGACCAGGAGAGGAAGAGGCUGGGCUGGGGCAUCCCACUUUGGGAACUUCCAGUGGGGAGGCAGAGGGACAGGAGGAGAGUGACAAGGAAGCCAGGGGAGUCCUAGGAGACAGCUCCAUGCAGGGAGCAGUAUCAGGGGUGACAGAGCCUGAAGCCUUGGGAGCCUCUCCUAGGGAAGAGGAUAAAGAGGCCCACACCCCAGAGGCAGAAGGCAAGGGCAGCCCAGGGCCUGAUCACCAGCUGGUAGAGCCAAAUGGAGCCCCCAUCACCACAUCUGCUGGAGAAGAGUCAGAGAGUGACAAGGACACAGAAGCUGGGGAGGGGGCUGAGGACCAGCCACAGCCCCAGGCCGAUGAUGCCCUGGAGGCAGAAGGCGAGGGCAUCCCAGAGCCUGACCACCCACCAGCAGAGCUAGAUGGAAUCCCUGUGGCCACACCUAUGGGAGUAGAGUUGGAGGCUGAACCGGACACAGAAGCCGGGGAGGGGUCCAAGAACCUGGGGGAACCCAGCCUCAGCCAGGAGGCUGGCCUAGCCACAGAGGCCAGUGAAGCGUCUGGGGAUGCCCAGAGCUCCAGCACCAGGGAGACCCAGGAGGACCUUCCCCCUGAGGGCUGGGCACCAGGGAUGCCUGAGGAGGAGCCAGAUGAGGCCUCCUCUGAAGAAGAGGGUGGUGAAGAAGGUGAAAGUGAGGAGGAAGGAGGAGUUCCAUCCAAAGAAGAGUCUGGAGAAGACAGUGGCGAUGGGGCUAGCUCAGAAGAGGAAGGGGGCACCUCCCAGGAGGCUGGGGAGCCCCAGGAAGCAGCAGAAGCCACGAACUCUGGGCAGGAAGGGGCCCAGCUUGGCACAGAGGGAUUAAAUACAGGGUCUGAGGGUGGCGAGGCCCAGGACUCUGAUGCAAAGGAGCCGGAAGAGGGACAUCAGGGGAGGGGGAAUCCUGUAAUUGCUCCUCAGGAAGAAACGGAGGAUGUGAGUGAAGAAGCCCCAAUGAGGGACCGCUCCCACAUCGAGACCACCCUGAUGCUGAAUGAGGACAAGCCAGCUGAUGAUUACUCAGCGGUGCUGCAGCGGCUUCGAAAGAUCUACCAUUCAUCCAUCAAGCCCCUGGAGCAGUCUUACAAAUACAAUGAGCUUCGGCAGCAUGAGAUCACAGAUGGGGAGAUCACUUCCAAGCCAAUGGUGCUGUUCCUGGGACCAUGGAGCGUUGGUAAAUCCACCAUGAUAAACUAUCUUCUUGGGUUAGAAAACACUCGCUACCAGCUCUAUACAGGUGCUGAGCCCACCACAUCUGAGUUCACGGUACUGAUGCACGGGCCCAAGCUGAAAACCAUCGAGGGCAUCGUCAUGGCCGCUGACAGUUCCCGAUCCUUCUCGCCCCUCGAAAAGUUUGGCCAGAAUUUUCUGGAGAAGCUGAUUGGUAUUGAGGUUCCUCACAAACUUCUGGAGCGGGUCACUUUUGUGGAUACACCAGGCAUCAUUGAGAAUCGCAAACAACAAGAAAGAGGAUACCCCUUCAACGAUGUGUGCCAGUGGUUCAUCGAUAGAGCCGACCUCAUCUUUGUUGUCUUUGACCCCACCAAGCUGGAUGUGGGUCUGGAGUUGGAGAUGCUCUUUCGCCAGCUGAAGGGACGUGAGUCUCAGAUAAGGAUCAUCCUGAACAAGGCUGACAACCUGGCCACACAGAUGCUCAUGCGAGUGUAUGGGGCCCUCUUCUGGAGCUUGGCCCCUCUCAUAAAUGUCACAGAGCCUCCAAGGGUUUAUGUCAGCUCCUUCUGGCCACAAGACUAUAAACCUGACACUCACCGGGAACUGUUCCUCAAAGAAGAGAUCUCCCUUCUAGAAGACCUGAACCAGGUGAUUGAAAACAGGUUGGAGAACAAGAUUGCUUUCAUCCGCCAACAUGCCAUUCGGGUCCGCAUUCAUGCCCUCUUGGUUGACCGCUAUCUGCAGACUUACAAGGACAAAAUGACCUUCUUCAGUGAUGGAGAACUGGUCUUUAAGGACAUUGUGGAAGAUCCUGAUAAAUUCUACAUCUUUAAGACCAUCCUGGCAAAGACCAAUGUUAGCAAGUUUGACCUUCCCAACCGAGAGGCCUACAAGGACUUCUUUGGCAUCAACCCCAUUUCCAAUUUCAAACUCCUCUCUCAGCAGUGCUCCUACAUGGGAGGUUGCUUUCUGGAGAAGAUAGAGCGGGCCAUCACCCAGGAGCUUCCCAGCCUCCUGGGUAGCCUCGGGUUGGGGAAGAAUCCAGGUGCUCUCAACUGUGACAAAACAGGGUGUAGUGAAACCCCAAAGAAUCGCUACAAGAAGCACUAGAUAGUGUGUAGCUCUUCUCGGGUCCCUGUUGGUGAAUGAGCUUGUGUCCUGUCUGAGAAGUCCUGGUUUAUUAACCCUUUGAGCCACACUGGUGAGAAUCAGUACACACUGGAGAUUUGGGAGUUUUGUUGAGGCCUGUGGUAGGUGAAGGUGUGUGGGUCUAGGGAGGAGAGCGGAAACUGUGAAUUAUAGUGUGCUUUUCUUGUUGCUUCAGUUAGGAGGCCUGAUUGAGGCAAAUCAGGCUCUACUUGCUUUUCCUGGGUCCUGUCUUGAAGGGACAGAGAGCAGCUAAAUUCUAGUGUAUACUAAAUGAGGGUCAAAUAAGCUAAACACAGCCUGAGUGAAGAGGGCUCUCAGGUCCAUGUUGGCUCCUUCCACACACGGUCUUCUGUUUGUUCCCCAAACCUCCUCUACUCCCUCCCAAGCUUAGGCUGACUUUCAAAGGCAGAUAGCCUCUUGGAUCUAAAUUUACCUGAAUUUUGAGCCUGUCCCCAGUACCUCUUCCCUGUUUCUCCAUAACACUAAGAGAGAACAGGAGUGCCUAGGUCAGGGUGAGGAUCUGCCUCCCAAAUGCCAUUUCUGUGAUGUCCCAGCUGGGGAGCUCAGACCCAUCACUGGCCCCAAGAGGUGGUGAGUGGGUGGUGGACUCAGGCUGUUCCCUCUUGGAAGUAACUUAAGUGAGGGUACUGGAAGGGCUCAGAGGGUUAAUUGGUUUGCAGUGUGUCUUUGUCUAUUGCAUGUCUUGGAAAACUCAGAUCCCAAAGGUGUUGGGUUCAGAGUGGACAAUGGAGACUUUGUUCCUUGUCCUUAGGGACUUUGCUGGGCAGUCAGCCUCUCCCAAAUUUAGGAAGAGGCUGUUCCACAAUUUCUCUGUGGAAGUACUUGGCAGAAAAGUUGUUUCUUCAGUUUCCCAUUACUAUGGCUUUUCCUUUCUUUUCUUCUCCAUUCCCUGAUGCACCAACACUUAAACCAGAGAAACUUCCUACAGUGAGAACCAGCACCAGCCAUCUGGCAUCAGUGGCAACUGAAGCUUAGGGUUUAGCAUCCACCUGUCCUUGACAUGGAUAGCUAUGGACUGUACCACAGGACAUCCAGGGCUUUCAAACACCAGUGAGUGUGGAUAUGUGUGUACAUCAUCCAAGAGAGGUCAGGAAGAUGACAAACCUGAGGCCACAGAGAAAGAACUCAUCAUGAGAGUCCUGCAUGGCCGGCAAGCACUGUCCCCUUGGAGGGACACAGAGACCCAGUGGAUAAGUGCCCUUUGAAGGGAGCAUGUACUGUGAGAUGUGUGCAUACAGGGAUAGCCCAGGCCUGCCUUGAAGGGCUCCUUUUGAAGGUCACAUCUGGCCACUCCUCUUGGGAGCAAGCUAUCCUUGGGUCCUUAAUCCUAUCCUGGGUCAGGACCCACCAGCACUGGGUAGUCAUCUGGAUCAGAAGGAAAUUUUGAGAAAAAGGUUGAUUAGGCAAUGUAAGUAGAUUGGUGAUCAGAUGGGGUCCAGAAAGAACCCCAAUUUGAUUUAGUAUUGCUCAGAAUUCGGAGCAGUCCCAUGCCUGCUGCAAGAGAGGCUGCUGCUUUGGACUUUAUGGAGGAUCCAGAUCCUCUCACAGAGAGCCAGAGGCUCCAAAGCCACCAGGACACUGUUUCAAGGAGCAAGCCAACUGGAAAAGAAAAUCGAGUUCUGUAAGGGACAUCCAUGAAGCCUGGUAGCUGGGGCAGAUGAGUUGCAAUCUGUCCUUGGACUUUUCUUCUCCCUCAAAUGAACAGCCCCAACCCCUUGGCCUCACUUCCAAAUCACUUAUCCUCUUGGAAGACUAUCCUUCCUGCCUGUCUCUUUCACACUGCUCAUCCCUGUUGGUUGCUUUUGGUGAAUCUGUUUUUUUCUUAAUGCAGUCAGGGAAAUAAAAAGUUCAGGACUAUAUGGGCCUUUUUUUUAGCUGUGAUGUCACCAUCAUUUUGGGAAGCAGGGGGGAUGAAGCUAAUCAGUUCAUGCAAUAUUAGUAUUUUAGGGAGGCUAUAUUAUCAGUGUGUCCUCCCACUUUUGGAUUUUUCUUUUCUCCACCUAUUUUCCUUUUCUUCUUUCUUCUUUCUCUCCAUUCUGUUCCUCUCCUCACUGUCUGCCUUACCUUUCCUUGACUGCCCAUAGGCCUGUUGAUCAAUCAACACAGGUUCUAAGUGCCCGUUCUUUGCCCAGCUCUGUGGAGGAUUCUGACUCUUAAGGAUGAUGGGUCUGGGAACUGGGGAAACUUGGGACCCAGAGAUUCCCCAAGAGGGGUCCCUGUGAAUAUUUGUGAAGGAAUAGGGGCUGACCCUUUCCAGUGACCUUUAGAUUCUGACUUUACCAGGGAGAAUAUUUCAAUAAAGUUCCUAUCUCUUUAACAUCUUCUCCUUCCUGAUUGUCUCCAGCAAGGUGAAUCUCUGAUCUUGCUUUUAUGUAGGAGAAUGUACUCAUUUUUAGAUUUCUUGGGGAUAGGUUGGGAGUUGAUAAAGUGCUUAUUCUUGGUUUGGAUGCUUUCUGGCACCCUCCUUUGGUAGCUCCCUCCUGCUUCCAGCCUCCCAGGUAUUGAAGAUGGCUUGUUUUUUCAGCAGUCAUGAAAUAAGGCCUAUUCCCUUUAGAAAUAGGGGUCAUUGAAAUUUUUAUCUCCAGAUCCCUCACAGAGAUGGCUCAGGUAACUAUACCAGUCAGCCCAUGCCCUCUGCCGUUCAACUGCCUCCAGAUGCCCAUAGCCAUGGUGGAGGAAGCCUGAGGUCUGCAGGAAUGGUGAGGAUGGCUGCCUCCCCUGGCUGCUCCAGAAAGUGAUUGCCCUCUCCACCUGGUAUGGGCAUGGGCCUUCUGUUUGUUACCUUCUGAACACAUCCUGGAUUGCCCUUCCCAGCCCAAUUUGCUCUUUUCAGUGUCCUGGAAAUUCAGCAGUGCUCUUGAAUUUUGAAGUUUUCCCUCUGGUAUCCUCCAAGAAAUUUCACAUCUUUGCUUGAGAGUUGGCUUUGAAAGAGAAAGAACAGGGCCCUGGCGAAGAGGUAGGAGGUUGGAAUGAACCAAAAAGGGAGAGCUGGACCUAAAAAUCCAGGCCAUUGCCAUACAGUUGUGCCCAAGAGGAUGCCAGACUCAGGUGACAUCCCUGGGUACUCCAGGGUGCUCCUGGCUUAGCAGUGGCUGGACUUAGGGCUGAGUGAGUGGAGUCACGCUCUCCUUUAUUUGCUUCCUGAUCAGGGAAAGUCUAUAUGCAGUCCACAGUCUUUGAGCAACUGAGCAACCUGACCUACUAAAGUCACUGCUGCUCACCUGCCCCACCUCACCUUCUCCUACCCAUUGUUGGAGAAAUUGAGUGCUUUCCCUCCAAGAGAAAAGUCACACAAAGUUGGUGGUUUUUUAUUUUUAUUUUUUAGUUGUUGAUGGACUUUAUUGUCUUUAUUUUUAUGUGGUGGUGAGAAUUGAACCCAGUGCCUCAUACAUGCCAGGCAAGCACACUACCACUGAGCCACAACCCCAGCCCCAAAGUCGGUUUUGAAUAGAAAUGUAAUAAUCCGCUGGAUCUGUCUUCAAAAUUGUGCUAUUUCACAAACCUCAUAACCCUAUCACCUUUAGGUUAAGUCUGCCUUUAGGGUGCUAGAGCAACCAAACAGAAAAUGGAGAAAGCAAAACAGAGGCUAUUCUAAACAUAGCCAGGUAAUGUGAGGGGUUCGAAUAUAAAGAGUGAAUUUAAGGGUCAUGUCAUUGGAACAUUACAAGUAGUUAUACAAAUAAGGGGCAUGCAAAAACAUACAUGUGAAGUUCUUAUGUAUUGGAAAACAGAUGUGGGUGUGCAAUUUUGUGGCCAAAUGAUGCCUAAGUACCUAGUCCAGUGUUCAACACCUAGGAACUCUUUACCUGACCCCAAACCUUUUGUUCCCCUUUUUUCACAUGGUUUCUGGGAGAGUAAAGAAAGGUAACUAUG